AAGUAAAGUAAAGUAAUAAAGUAAAGUAAUUCUGCUAUAGUCUCCUCGGAGCCUUCGCCAUCUUCCAUGGCUGUUCAACUUUUGACACCUCAUCAUCUCCAGCAGUGCACAAUUUCUUUACAACCCUUUUAACUAAUGUGCAAAUGGUAUUAAGCUUUUGUUCCAUUUGUGAAACCACAAUUAAUAACAAUGAAACCAACAUAACACCAACAUCUUGUAGGAAGCCAUAUUUUCCUCCCCCUUCUCCCUGUUUUUUUCAAGUAUCAUUUUAAUUCUCAAAAUGCUAGUGGACCCCGACAAGCUGCUACUUGAUCCCAACAAGCAUCCAUCCUUUUGCAAGCUUCUAUUUAAAGAAGGUUUUAUGGACAAAAUACUAAUUCCGCCUGUGUUUAUCAAAGAACACAAGAAGAUGUUGGCCAAGGCGUGCUUACUGAAAACGGAUAUUACUGGGAUGCCGUGGGAAGCAAAGAUAGUGAGAGAGAAUUCCAAUUUCUUCAUUUGUGAGGGAGAUUGGUCACAGUUUGUGGUGUAUCACAAACUGGAGCUAGGUUGUCUCUUGCUCUUCUAUCUCGUUGAUAAAUCGACUUUCCAAGUCUUGCCCUACACUCAGAAAUGUUGUACAAACAUUCGUGGGAGGCAACUUUUAGAGGAACUCAGCUCCGAAGAGGAAGAGGAAGAGAAAAAUAUUAGACCUUCAAGAAAAUCUGGCAAAGUUAAAACGGAGCCAAAAGGACCAUCAAAUCCUGAAGAAGAAAGUGUUGACCCAUCCAGUGGCUCCAAAUAUGGGGUAAAUCUAUCCUGUUUACAUUCAGUGGAUUCCGCCAAGCUGCUACUGGAUCCCGACAAGCAUCCAUAUUUUUGUACGCUUUUAUUUAAAGAAGGUUUUAUGGAUAAAACACUAAUGCCCCCUGCUUUUAUCAACGAACACAAGAAGAUGUUGGCCAAGACCUGCUUACUGAAAACCGGUGUAGAGAUGUUAUGGGAAGCAAAGAUAGUGCGAGAGAGGUCCAAUUUUUUCAUUUGUGAGGGAGACUGGUCACAGUUUGUGGUGUAUCACAAACUGGAGCUGGGAGAUAUCUUGCUCUUCUUUCUCAUCGGUAGAUCAACUUUCCAAGUCCUGCCCUACACUCAAAAAUGUUAUAGAAACCUUCGUGGGAGGCAACUUUUCGAGGAACUCAGCAAUAGCUCGGAAGAGGAAGAGGACACUGGACCUUCAAGAAAAUCCAACAAAUUAAAAAUGGAGCCAAAAGAACCAUCAAAUUCUGAAGAAGAAAGUGUCGACCCAUCUAGUGGCUCCAAAGAUGGGGAAAAUCCAGGCUAUUCAUUUUCAGGAGUUAAAUCCGGUGCUGAAGCUGAUAACAUGCUCAGCUUGAAGAAGAGAGCCAAGGGACAAAGCAGGCUAAUAAAGUAUGUCAAGGAUCCUGACAAACUUAAGAGGCCUGCAAGUACUUUCGUUAUGCGAGAACGGAGGCCUGCAAUUGCUUUCUCCGUUAGCGAGAACGGAGGCCUGCUUCCUUUGUUAAGCGAGCACAGAGCCCUGCCAAUGAUCCUGACAAACCUAAGAGGCCUGCAAGAGCUUUCGUCCUUUUCAUGGAAGAGUUUAGGAAGCAGUUCAUGAAGGAUAAACCAAAAGCCAAAUAUGUCUUUGCAGUCAGUAAAGCUGGUCGAGCCAAGUGGAAACAGUUGUCAGAUGUUGACAAAGCUCCUUACAUAACAGAGGCAGAGAAAAGGAAGACCGAAUAUUAAAAGAACAUGGAUCUUUAUAACAAGCCAGUGGCUGCUGGAUCUGUGGAAGAAGAGGAAUAUGACAAGUAUUGGUCCAAGGUUGACGAGGAAGAGGAGGAUGACGACUGAAGAAAUUUUUAGUGACUGAGGAUAUUGGUGAAGAAGCUUGUAUGCAUAUCAUCUACAUUUGACUUCUUCUUUUUCCUGUGUAAUACUUGCAUCUUUUUGUUUCUAAUUUUGGGGGUUAAAGAUGAAGAACAGCUUCUUGUAAAGCUCAAUGGUUUAUGUACAUUUUAUUUUGAUGCUGCUUAAUCAUAAUUCAGCUAGGUGUUUGCCUUCUUGGCUAUUAUGUAUGGAUUUCCAUCUAAUUCGUCUCU